AUGGCAUCUAACGACAUCCCUGAUCGCAUCUUGCGAGAGGUUCGGGAGGAAUUGGCCAAUACUCCGUACCACUUUAAGGGCGCCACUCUUCUCAGUGGAGGGACGGCGAACUUUAUCUACCAUGUGAGCUUGGUGCAACAUUUGUCUGAUGGAACAGCCGAGGUGGCCGUGAAGCACGGCGAGGGCUUCCUAGCUCAGAAUCCGGACUUCAAACUUCCCACAACACGAUGCCGGACUGAGGUGUCAUGUUUGGAAUAUCUCUCUGCCCUGCCGCCGAGCGCGGGCAACAAGCUCAGCGUCAUGACGCCCAAGCUAUUUUAUUUCAACGAAAAGACGAACACGCAAGUUCAAGAGUACCAGCCGAGUCCGCUGAGCCUUAAGAACUAUGCCUUGCAAUACUUCGGGGCUUCGGAUUCCGGAUCGAUGGAACCGCAAUGCCUCGACAUUGGUCAGGGUAUAGGCAAAUGGCUUCGAGCAUUUCACGAAUGGAGCAACUCCCCGGAGCAGCGAAAGUUUCGCGAUGUUGCGGCAACAAACAAGGAGAUGCAGAAGCUCAAGAACUGGGUGAACUACGUGAGAUUACCCAGCUCUAUCGAGCGGUUUCCGUCUAUUCUUUGCGAGUGCGCCAGCACGUUGACGGCUAUUGCGGAUAAAGCAACAAGAGAGAUGGAGAAUGAUGAUAAACUGCAGGUUAUCCACGGCGAUUUUUGGACUGGAAAUAUCCUCUUAGAAGAUCAGCCUUGGGAGAAGGAACACAACCGCAUUCUUGUCGUUGACUGGGAGAUGUGCAUGCUUGGCGUUACUCCCCUCGACCUGGGUCAGAUGAUUGCGGAGCUUUAUGAGCUAAAGCUGUACAAGGACAUGGAUGCUGGGCGGUGGCUGAUUCAGGGCUUCAUAAAGGGCUACGGUGCAGUCGAUGAUGAGUUUGCUUUUAGAACUUUGCUUCAUGUUGGUGUUCAUCUCAUCAGCUUCGGCACGACUGUGAAGGAUUGGGGCACGGAAGAACAGAUCAAGAGUGUGGCCUCCGAGGGACGGGAUUUGGUACUGAAUGCGUGGGAUAAGAAUCGUGCAUUUUUCGAGUCUCAUCCUCUGAGUUGUAUCUUCUCCUAA